AUGUCCGCUCCAUUCGCCAAGUUUCCCUCGUCGGCGAGCAUUUCGCCUAGUCCCUUCACUGUCUCCAUUCCGGAUAAACAAUUGAAUGACCUGAAGACCCUCAUCCGACUGUCCAAGAUUGCUCCUCCCACCUAUGAGAGCCUGCAGUCGGAUGGCCGAUUUGGCAUCACUUCCGAAUGGCUGACAUCUAUGCGAGAGAAAUGGCUCUCGGAGUUUGACUGGCGACCAUUUGAAGCUCGAUUGAACUCUUUCCCUCAGUUUACUACUGAGAUUGAGGGUCUCACGAUUCACUUUGCUGCUCUCUUUUCCGAAAGGGAGGAUGCUGUACCUAUCGCAUUGCUUCAUGGUUGGCCCGGCAGCUUCGUCGAGUUCUACCCAAUCCUGCAGCUAUUCCGGGAGGAGUACAGCCCUGAAACCUUGCCUUUCCAUUUGAUUGUUCCGUCCCUUCCUGGGUAUACUUUCUCAUCUGGCCCCCCGCUGGACAAGAACUUCGGCUUGAUGGACAACGCCCGGGUCGUAGACCAGUUGAUGAAGGAUCUCGGGUUCGGAAGUGGUUAUAUUAUUCAAGGAGGCGAUAUUGGUAGCUUUGUUGGACGGCUAUUGGGCGUAGGUUUCGACGCCUGCAAAGCGGUUCAUUUGAACCUGUGCGCAAUGAGGGCUCCCCCUGAAGGCCCGUCAAUUGAGAGCUUGACGGCGGCGGAGAAAGAGGGAGUCGCGCGAAUGGAGAAAUUCAUGACCGAUGGCCUAGCUUAUGCCAUGGAGCACAGUACUCGGCCCAGUACGAUUGGCCACGUGCUGUCCAGCAGUCCGAUCGCAUUACUUGCAUGGAUUGGUGAGAAAUAUCUCCAAUGGGUGGAUAAACCCCUCCCUUCUGAGACCAUUCUCGAGAUGGUCAGCCUGUAUUGGCUGACGGAAAGUUUCCCACGGGCAAUUCAUACCUACCGCGAGACUACCCCAACUGCCUCCGCUCCCAAUGGAGCGACGAUGCUGCAGAAGGAAUUAUAUAUUCACAAGCCGUUUGGGUUCUCCUACUUCCCCAAGGACCUUUGUCCUGUACCUCGGAGCUGGAUUGCUACAACGGGAAAUCUAGUAUUCUUCCGGGAUCAUGUAGAGGGAGGACACUUUGCCGCAUUGGAGCGUCCACGCGAGCUGAAAGCCGAUCUGACGGCGUUUGUCGAGCAGGUAUGGCAGAAGUAG